CCAUUUGUGGUUCACUACAUCGUAAAAUUUUCAGAACCAUGCAGGCCAUUGUUGCAGUAGUUGUGUUGGCUGUCUGCGGUAUGUGCGUGUCUGGCUCGGGCAUGCCUGGUGGUUUGUUCGAUAUGGAUCCAAGCUCAGAUCAUGCAAAGGAAGUUGCGGAGAAGAGUCUGCAGCUUUUGGACGAUACAUUUCAGGGAGGUCGUGCCCGUGUCUUGCAGAACAUCUACUCUGCUCAGUCUCAGGUUGUUUCUGGAGUGAAAUAUUACUUGAAGUUGCAAGUUGGUUUGUAUGACUGCACUCCAGCUGAACUCGCUGCCAACGAAAAGGCCUGCACUGUUGAGAAGACAAGCUUCUGCUACUUCCAACUGUACCUGCAACCAUGGACCCAGACCGAGAAACUGUUGUAUUCAUUCUGUCCAGCAUUUUAAAAAGUUGAAUUCCACGUUCACGCAAUUGCUCAGAAUGUAAUCAAAAUUUAAUUUAAUAAUUCAAUGUACGUUUACAAACGAAUUCUUUCAAGUUUAUUAAUAUUUGAAAUAAAAUAGAAAAUGUUA